CUGCCUUCCUGCCCCUCCCCCCCCAGGAGCCCAAGCCCCUUCUUGGCCCCCUCCUUUGGCCCUUGGGCUCUUGGGCUCCUUCCAGUCAGGGAUUCCCAGCCUCAGCUGUCAGGGGGUCCCAGGCGCCCCCGACAGCCUCUGGGAGACCCCGGCUCGCCUUCCUCCUGCUUCUCCAGGCUCAGCCGCCCCAGGAACACUUGAGUCUCCCCAGGGUGUUGCCCUCCCUGCCAGGUGCUCUGGUGCCCCCUGAGCCUGCCCAGCCCCUCCCUGGGCUCCCCUUCCCAGGCCUCCCUCCAGCUGCCCCCUCACAGCCUCUCCUCUUCCCAGGGUCUCCCGUGAGAGCAGGCCUGGCCCUGGGGGACUCCUGUGGCCCCUCACCCCAUGGAGAUCCCUGUAGGGCAGCCUCAGCCUGGGAAGAAAAGGGAAAACCUGCCCCUCUGGGUCCUUUCUUUCUCCUGCUCAGGGUGCAGAGCUCCCCCCCCCACACACACACACACAUUCCCCCCUGCUUACCCAGGGAGGAUCUGCUGAGCCAAAGCCCAGCUGGAGGGAGCCCAGAGGCAGAGAGGAUGAUGGGAAAGAGGGAGGGGGAGGAGUGAGACAUUCCCUGGGCCAGGGGAGGCCUGUUGGGCAUAGCUGUGGCUGGAACUCCAUUCAGGGACCAGAAAGUGGACUGAAGCGGGGAGGGGGCAGGAGCCUGAGUGGGGAGAUGUAAAAAGGAAUUCUUGAUUCCUUCUUUAAUUUAACAGGGACCUGGAAGUCCUCCAACAUCAGAGAUGUAAAGGGAUUCACCAGCUCACAGUUAUAGGAAGGAGAAACCAUGGACAGGAAGGAGGAAGCUUAGAAACAGGAAGUGAGAUAGGAAAAGGCUAUAAAGGGGGGCCAGCAUCAGUUGAGACGAGGCUACAAAAAGCUGGAGGAACUUCAUGGGGGACUCACUGCGGCUACUUUGCUGCCUCCACAGGGAGCCUGGAGUGCCCCCGAUGGCGUUGGAGAGGGACAGAAUCCCAGGCCAGGAGGUGGUGACAUUCCAGGAUGUGGCUGUGGACUUCACUCAGGGGGAGUGGCGCCUCUUGUCCCCUCCCCAGAAGGAGCUGUACAGGGAGGUAAUGCUGGAGAAUGUCCGGAACCUGCUCUCUGUGGGUAAGGAGCCUCUCCCUGCUGCCCGAGUCUGCCAUCCAAGGGAAUGUCGCCCUCAGCAGCAGAAAGAGAGAUCAGACCUGAAAUGAAGCUGACUGCAACAGAGGUGAGCCUCUCUGUGGAAGAAAUGAACCUACAAAGAUUCAUGAGUGAUUGUCCUGAUAACUUUGCUUUCAGAGAAUUCUGUGUUGCACCUCAAAAUUCAUCUCAUAUUGAACAUCAAGGAAUUCACUCUGGGGACAAAUCUAGUGAAGAUAAUCAGUGCGGAAAGACUUUGAUGCAUAGGGCCAUUCGUGUGGGACAUCAGAGAAGGCAGUCUCUUAAGAAACCUUAUGAAUGCAAGCAGUGUGGAAAGACAUUCACAUAUUACUCCAGUCUAGCUAGACAUCAGAGAAUCCACUCUGGGGAGAAACCUUAUGAAUGCAACCAAUGUGGAAAGACAGUCAGUCGGAGUUCCUAUCUUGCUCAACAUCAGAGAAUCCACUCUGGGGAGAAACCUUAUGAAUGCAACCAAUGUGGAAAGACAUUCAGUCAGAGCUGCAAUCUUUUUAUACAUCAGAGAAUCCACUCUGGGGUGAAACCUUAUGAAUGCAACCAAUGUGGGAGGGCAUUCAGACUGAGCUCCAGUCUCGCUGUACAUCAGAGAAUCCACUCUCAGGAGAAACUUUAUGAAUGCAAGCAAUGUGGAAAAACAUUUCAUUGGAAUUCCAGUCUUGCUAAACAUCAGAGAAUCCACACUGGAGAGAAACCUUGUGAAUGUAAGCAAUGUGGAAAAACAUUUCAUUGGAAUUCCAGUCUUGCUAAACAUCAGAGAAUCCACACUGGAGAGAAAUCUUAUGAAUGCAAGCAAUGUGGAAAAACAUUUCAUUGGAACUCCAGUCUUGCUAAACAUCAGAGAAUCCACACUGGAGAGAAACCUUAUGAAUGCAAGCAAUGUGGAAAAACAUUUAAUCAGAGCUACCAUCUUGCUAUACAUCAGAGAAUCCACACUGGGGAGAAACCUUUUGAAUGCAAGCAAUGUGGAAAGAGAUUCUCAGAGAACUCCAUUCUUGCUGUACAUCAAAGAAUCCAUACCGGUGAGAAACCUUAUGAUUGUAAGAAAUGUGGAAAGACAUUCAGUCAGAGCUGCAAUCUUGCUCUACAUCAGAGAAUCCACACUGGGGAGAAACCUUAUGAAUGCAACCAAUGUGGAAAGACAUUCAGUCGGAGCUCCAGUCUUGCUGUACAUCAGAAAAUCCACUCUGGGGAGAAACCGUAUGAAUGCAACCAAUGUGGAAAGACAUUCAGUCGGAGCUCUCAUCUUGCUGUACAUCAGAGAAUCCACACUGGGGAGACACCUUAUGAAUGCAACCAAUGUGGAAAGACAUUCAGUCAGAGCUCCAGUCUUGCUGUACAUCAGAGAAUCCACACUGGGGAGAAACCUUAUGAAUGUAAGAAAUGUGGAAAGACAUUCAGUCAGAGCUGCCAUCUUGCUCUACAUCAGAGAAUCCACUCUGGGGAGAAACCUUAUGAAUGCAACCAAUGUGGAAAGACAUUCAGUCGGAGCUCUCAUCUUGCUGUACAUCAGAGAAUCCACACUGGGGAGAAACCAUAUGAAUGCAACCAAUGUGGAAAGACAUUCAGUCGGAGCUCCAGUCUUGCUGUACAUCAGAGAAUCCAUACUGGGGAGACACCUUAUGAAUGCAACCAAUGUGGAAAGACAUUCAGUCAGAGCUCCAGUCUUGCUGUACAUCAGAGAAUCCACACUGGGGAGAAACCUUAUGAAUGUAAGAAAUGUGGAAAGACAUUCAGUCAGAGCUCAUACCUUGCAGUACAUCAGAGAAUCCAUACCAGGGAGAAACCUUAAUAAUAAAAGCUACGUGGAAACAUGUUCACAUGCAGUUCCAGUCUUGCUGUUGUGUGAAGGAAAUUUACCCUACCCCCCUUUCUGGGGCAGUAUAUGCCUUGUGUGAGCCUGAACUUGAUGCCAGUGAGGAUUAUGUGAUGGAAUCCAUUGAGUGAGGAUAGAAUUGUAUCUAGAAAAGGGCAGCAAUAGAGUUGAGAGAUCAGGAGACAACAGGGUGAUGUCCCCUGCAGUGCCCCCUGGACUGGCCCCCUGGCAACACUGUCCAAAAAGAAAGCCAUGUUUGGCUCCUGGAAUGAGAUUUGUUAGUGAGUGGUGUAAAAAUGGAGAUCUUUGAACCCAAGAUUUCAAUCACCAGAGGUCCUAGGUAUUUCCCUAAAUUCUCGAUAAUCUCACUUCAGUCUCCACCUGGGCGAGAUCACAAUGAGUAUUUAACUGGCAGUCUCUGCCUCCCUCUGGCUGGGCCAUUGCAAUAAUGGGGUAAGUAAGCUGGUUCUUAUUUUGUGUUUUCUUUAUUCCUUGAUUUAUAAUAAUCCUUAAUAAACCUCAUAAAAUACAAUAUUUUAAUAAUUUGAGAUAUUUUAAUUUUUUAAAAAUAUAGCCUAGAUAAUUUUUUAAGCCACAUUGCUCCAAGGCUUUUCAGCAAAGCCUCUUGAUGUACUCGCAUCUACUGCCUGUUUGCCUGCUUCUGCACUUGCCUCCAUUCAUCCACUUUGGACCUGCUUGACCCAUAUCGCUCUCCUAGUCCCAACCUGCCUCCAUCCUGCCCCAACUGAUCUCCAGCCUCUCAACUAGAUCGUCCAAGGCCAGCCCCAGGACCCAGACUUCUGGUAGCUGCCCUUUUUGUGUGUUUGGAAUCAGAAACCAGCUGGUAAAAAUGGGGGUAUCUUUUCCUUAGGCUCCAAUUAGCCUCCACGUGGCAGGGAACCACAGGGUGGUGGAAUGAGGAGAAGGUAGACUUUUCCAAACAGGAAGUAUGGAGGAUUCUAUGAGAAUAUUACCUAUUAUAGUCUCCAGUUUUAGGAUUUUUUUUUUUUGAGUGCACUGAUCCUUUCAUUAAUUUCACCUGAUAUUCAGGAAAGGAAUUCAUCUCCCUGCAACUCUUCCGUUUGGGCCUGCCCAAUUUGAGAUUCCAUAAACCCACCCUCACUAUAGGAGGGCAGCUGGGUUGCUCAGUGGAUUGAGAGCCAGGCCUAGAGAUGGGAGGUCCUGGGGUAAAAUCUGUCCUCUGACACUUUCUAGCUGUCUGACCCUGGGCAAGUCACUUGACCCCCAUUGCCUACCCCUUACCAAUCUUCUGUCUUGGAACAAAUCCCAUAGUUCUGAUAAAUAGUAUCUCAACGGAUAAAAACAACAACAACAAAACCCCAAGGAACUUUAAUGAGACUGUAGGUUAUAUUUUAAGGCAUUUCAGAUUCCAAUUUAAAAAAAAAAAAAACUUUUAUUGCAUUUUACUGAUUAUUUUGUUUGAGAUUUUAUUUUGUUGUUUUUAAGUUCAUAUAUUAAUGUAUUCAAUACUUUUCUGUUACACUGAAUCAUUUUAAUGUACUGGGUUUUUAACUGUUGUUAUAUUCUGUUGCUUUUCCCCUAUAACUACACUGAACAAAUAUUGAAUAAGCCCAUAUAAAAACAACUUUUUUCUACUUUUGACUUUGUAACUUGUCACAUAGAGGAUGGAUGGACUUCUUUACAAUUGUAUAACAACCUUUGAAAAAUUUAAUGAGCUAAAGGUCUCAAAUUGAUUUUAAGGGUACUUUAGAUGUGAUUUUUAGAUGUUUUUCAACUCUGCUCAUUUUGCCUACCUCUAACAGGAGGUAAGGUCCAUUUUAGUAGCUAAUGUGAAAUACAAUUUUAAUCCCCACCUUCCACAUUUAUAAAAAUGUGAAAGAAUGGGACAUCACAGUCUCAUACCAAAGGAGCUGGGAAGUUAAUCCCAGGGCAUGGAACCCAUGGAUGACUCCCAAAAGAGGAGCAUCUUAUUUAUUUAUAACUUCAGCUCACUUUACCCAACAUCAACAGUACAGUGGUUUGGUUUGGUUUGGUUUUUUCCUAGACUCCUGUGCCACAUUUUUAAAUGAUAUCUAUAUUUCUUGAGGAUGUUCUAGACACAAAUGAGUUUUACUUGGUUCAAAAAAGUAUUUGCCAAUGUGGGGUUUUCCUUAAUGGACUUCCCUGACCAGCAGGGUCCCACAAGGGAAGAGGCUCCCCUUUGUAUUGGGACCCGAGGAGAGGUAGGAACUGAGAACCAGGGUGGAGAAUGAAAGACACGGACAAGUCAGUGGUUGGAUAGGGCAGGCAACCGCUAUGAUACUCCCCUUGAUAGGAAAGUAUGAGUACAAAGGAACACAGGCGGAGGAGGAGAUUAAGGUAGGGAAUGCAGGCCGAGAUGGUUACAGCCUCGGGGAAGGAGAAGGUCAAGAGGAGAGACAGAGUCAUUGAGGAGCCCAGUGGAGCUCCAUGGAAGGGAAAGGCAAGAGGAAGUUCAUGGGUUUGCCUCUGAAUUUAUUCAUGUCCUGCUUGGGCCUUACUCCCAAGCCCGUAGUAACCACAUCACAAAGUAUAGACACUUCAGAUUGGGUGGAAGGUAGAGGGAACACCUUUGUGAGUGUAGAUUGCAAACCGCGCUUUCCUGGGGAAUUGACUCCAGGCAUGCUAAUGAGUUUGUCUUAGCCAAGGGCCGCAUGGCCAGUUCAAGGUUACAUUCACAAGCCUCCUUGGUAUCACCUUAUGCUUGGAGACACAGUCGCCACACAGUCAUUUAUAUUUCAUAGAUGUGAAUAUGCUUGGGAUGCUACAGCCAAGGUUGAAAGAUUUGCUACACCUAAAAAAAAAGUUGUGACCAAUAUCCAUCAGUUCAUAGGCUUUUAAAAAAAUGCCAUAUAUCAACUUAUGUGAAAUAUGAUAGUGGGCUUGUUUGCUAUUGUAAUUAACUGGGCUAUUGUGAAUUGGGGGGAUUGGCUGUACUACUGUUCUUUAUUAAAAAAAAACAAAACUCUU